AUGGCUGGCUCAGAACCUCUUCCGCCUCCCCAGAGCUCGACAACUGCGUCUUCUACCAUCGACGGCUCCAAGAGAGACACUCCGGCAGCUUCUCUUACUCCGUCCACCCCUUCUACAUCAUCAGCCAUACCAGACGACUCCAACAAUACCGCUACUACUACUACUACUACUACAACCGGCAGCAUGGGUGACAAGGGAGACAGCCUCGAGAUCAAGCAGCAGGACCGCACAGCGGAAAACCUGGCUGCAAAGACAGAGGUCAACCCUUCGCUGGCAACGGACGGAGCCAACACUGCUGCUGCCGCCAAGAAGUCUGGCUGUGGUAAACAUGCUCACUCUCACUCCAAGUCAGACAAGCCAAGCAAGAAUAAGAAAAAGAGCAAGAAGAAGAGCAAGAAGAAGGUCGAGACGGAUAGCUCGUCGAGUGACAGCAGCAGUGACAGUGACAGUGACCUGGACGAGGAGGAGGUGAGCUCCGACUCGGACUCUUCAGAUUCAGACAGCAGUUCAGACUCAGACUCGUCAGAGUCCGAAUCUGAGCAGAAAAAGUCAAAGCCAAAGAAAAAGAAGACCAAGGAGCGGACUAGACGUGUGAAAGAGAAGAAAUCUCGAUCUCGAAAGCGGGAAGACACCGAGGACUCGUCUGAUAGUGAUGACGACGACUCAUCGGAUGAAGACCAGGGGUCAAAGAAGCAAAAGGAGAGCGAAAAGGUCGCAAAGAAGAUCCUCAAGAAGCUGCUCAAGAAGCAGCAGCAGCAGCAACAGCAGUUGCAGCAUCACCUAGAGAAUCCGCAACACAUGCCGUCUAGUCUACCAGGCGAACCGGGGUAUGAUGUCGUCAGCAGCGAUGCCGCCAAUAUUACUCGGGAUAUGCAGAAGCGCGCCCAACAGAUCAAUCACAUUAACCAGCUUAACAGAAGAACGCUCAGACGGGCACGCCUCAUGAACCAGCCGGUUACAGAUAACAAUCCUCAACGCCAGCUCAAGCCCAAGACUAAGAAGAAUAAGAGAGCUUCCAAGGUUGCCUUCAAACGAGUUGAUCAAUUAUGGGACAGCACCAUCCACAACUACAAACUCACGGAAACGGUGAAAGAUCCCGGAGCAGACGAAUGGGACCAGUACAUCUUCACGGUCCGCCGCAAGUUUGACUGGGAAAACAGAUACACCGAUACCGUCGUCGAUAUCAAGAGCAAACCCCUGAGAGAUGCCCUGGCCCACAUCAUGGAUGGAGUCAAGGGUGUCAGCCUCGUCCAGGAUACCCCAGUCCUUGACCCAAACCUUCUCUUCCUCUACCUUGAAGAGACAAGAGAGUACAUGCACGAGCUCAAGGCACAGUCCAAGUCAGAGAAGAAGAAGAGGAACCGGAAGAGAGCUGCCACCAAGGCAGCUCACCUGAAGAUCCUUGUCAAAUAUCUCGACAAGGACUACGCUGAGACAAAGAACGCCCUAUACCCGCUCCUGGACAAUAAUACAAUCACAUACGAUCUGCUGUGGGCUUUGUUCAAACCCAACACAAUUGCUUACACACAGACGUAUGGCACGCCCGAUGAACCGCGUGCCUUCAAGAUCGAGUAUGCCACCAAGGAAUCCUCCUUCAUGAGAGGUCAGUGGUACUCUAUUGAAGGCCGCUACCUUGAAUAUGACGGCAAGUCGUUCGGAAUGGGCACCAUGUCCGCCGAAGUAGACCAUUUCAAGGGUCCCCGCAAGAUCUCCAGCUUAGCAUGCUACCCUCUCAAAUACCACCGUGAUCCCGAGGCGCUGCAGGCUCAGCUCAUCGAACGUGGAAAGAAGUUUGUUUCUCUGCAGGGCAUGAACUACAGGUUCCACAAGGGCAUGGCGUUUGUAAAGCGUAAACGAAGCAUUAUCAAGGUCAACAUCAACGGACGUAUCAUGGUAGAUCCGGCUCUGCACCGUCGUAUCAACCCCAACUAUGCCAUCAGCACCGUCAAACCCAAGGAACCUGACCUGAUCAUGGAAGUAGGCGGAGAUGAUGAUAGCGAUGACUGCUGCUGCGGUUCCGAUUCUGGCUCUGAGGGCGGCGAAGGCAACGAUGAAACCUUCAAGCCCAAGACCCGACUGAAGGUCGUCCAGGAUAAAGAGGGCAAAACACACGUUGUCGAAAUGGAAUGUGACGAAAACGGCAACGAAAUCCCCAAGGAAAACAUCACCAAGCUUGAGGAUGGCGAAACAGUUGAAUACGAGUUCACCGAGGAAGAGCUCCUGAUAGCCUCUCCUGUCGUUCUAGGCUUCGCAUUCAGUGAAAAGCUCUGGCUUGAAUUCACCGUCUCCGGCAUCACGGAAAUCGACUGGAACUCAGGCGCUUUUGACUCCCUCGUCUUACCCGCAAACCAGAAGUCUAUCGUCAAGGCCCUUGUCGAAUCUCACACUUUUCAUGCUGCUGAAAACAUCGACGAUGUUAUCCAGGGUAAAGGCCGGGGUCUUGUAGCUGUCCUUCACGGUCCACCUGGUACGGGCAAAACACUCACGGCAGAGGGUAUUGCCGAACUGCUCAAACGACCCCUUUACAUGGUCAGUGCGGGCGAGCUGGGAACAGACUCACGCACCCUCGAAGGAGAACUCAAUAAGAUCCUUGACAUAGCCCACUCAUGGGGUGCGGUUCUGCUGCUGGAUGAGGCAGACGUCUUCCUUGAGAAGCGUACGAUUCAAGAUAUCCACCGCAAUGCUCUGGUUAGCAUCUUCCUACGUUUACUAGAGUACUUCCAGGGCAUUCUCUUCCUUACCACGAACCGUGUCGAGACCUUUGAUGAUGCUUUCCAGUCACGUAUCCACGUUGCCCUGAGAUACGGAGACUUGACCACCAAAGCUAAACGGUCAGUUUGGAAAAUGUUCCUUGACCGUGUCCAAACCAAGGAGGGCAUCGAGGUCGUCAAGUUCACGGAUAAGGAUUACGAUACUCUAGCUAGGCAUAACCUAAACGGUCGACAGGUAAGCAUGCUCCUACAUAUUGCCUUUUGCGCUCAAGCUCAACUCCAGUUAACAACAUAUAGAUCAAAAACUCAGUACGCACUGCUCAGGCCCUGGCUAUCAAUGAGAAAGUGCCCCUAUCAAUGCAACAUAUCAUACGUGUCCUAGACGUAGCAGAGACGUUCGAGCAGGAUCUCAAGGGUGGAACAGGCUACUUGGACGCCAUGAGAAGCUACACUUAAUGUGGUCUUCAUCUUCAUUAUCUCCCUUCUCAUUUGUCUUUAUGCCUUCCAUCAAUAUUCCCUUUCAUUCACUUCGCCAGUGUCAUUACUAGUUCAACCUCACCAUACCUUUCACCCUUGUUUUUCUCUUACGUUUCAAGUUAUGGUUAUGAUAAUACUUCUGGCUUCGGUUCUGGUUCUGGCCCUGGUCCUGGUCCUGGUACAAUUCCCCCGGUGCGAUUUUCAGUGUCUUAUUUUUCUUUCUCCAUUUCUCCUUUCAGUCUUGUUUUACCGGUUUACCACAAUACUAUCUACCUACCCGGCCCCAUGAUAUCAACACAUGUUUUAACUCCACUCGACCACUCCCUCCAUCAAUGCUCUUAAAACGCAAGAUUAGAUAUAAAACACCUCCUUACUUCGGCCUUUCUUACCAUCCAUCCCGUGUCUUACUUCCAAGGGGUUUUUGUUACCUUUCUAAAUGUUCUGAUAAUCUUGUGGAGGGAAUAAUACUGACCACCUGGUGUACUCCUUUGUUCUCUUUUGCUGCUUUUUAUGGCAUUGUUUUCAUUCGAUACUAUUUGUUUGAGACAGACAAACUUGAUUGAUUAGCCUGGUUAAUGUGUGUGAGGAGGUAAUGGAAAUGAAUAUUUAUAUCCAGA